AUGGCCGGCCGCAUCAACUGUCCGCUCGAGGCAGCUGUCGCCGGCUGGAUGGAAGAAAAUGAGGACGCGGCGCGCUUCAGGGACCUAGACAUUUCCGAUUUCGCGAACGCGAACGAUUUCGGGGACGCCGCCAGACCUAAUUUCGAGAACGCGGGCUUAGCUAGCUUCCACAACGCCUCCGUUUUCGGCAUUUCCGAUGUCGUUUCAGCGAAUUUUGGCACUGACCUGGCCGUGGGUGACUCGGACGGGUCGUUGGUCCCGUGGGAUCCCGACGUGGAUGACGUGGAUCAGACAUUCUAUCCGUUCGUCAUCGAGCCGCGAAGACCGCCUCCCGGCGUGCCCUUCGACCCCGCUGGUGCGCCCAGGCCCAGCAACGAGGAGUUCCGCUUGCAAGUGCUCCGCCGCUUCGCCAUCCUCGACACUGUACGUCGCCCCCUCACAUUCUCACUCCCCUCCCACUCUCACCCCUCUCACACUCUCACUCAACCCCCUCACACUCUCACCCCCCACUCUAUACCCCUCACACUUGCACGCUCUGACACCGGCAACCGCCUCACACUUACAGCCUCAAUCCAUACACUCCCUCCCCAUCUCCUCCCCUUCUACAGUUCGCUUCCUUCCUUCAACCUUCCCUACCUUAAUCCAUGCCCGAUCUCUCUGGUAGCGUUUGUGGAGGACGAGCGGCAGUGGUUCAAGUCCACGUUCGGGCUGCCAGGCGUGUGUGAGACGGACAGGGAGUCGUCCUUCUGUGCCUACAUGCUGCUGCCCAAUCGCAAUCCAUGUCUGGUGGUGAGGGACGCAUUGGAGGACAGUCGCUUCGUGCACAACAAGCUCGUGGUGGGGCCGCCAUACAUCCGCUUCUAUGCCGGGGCUCCGGUCACCACCAGUGGGGGCUUCGUCAUCGGCUCGCUCUGUGUGAUAGACACGGUGCCGCACCCCGAAUUCUCCCCCGAACAAGAGAGCCUCCUCGUCGCCCUCGCCUCCCUCGUCACUCUCGAGAUGGACAAGCACAGCCAGGAGAUAGAGGUGCAGCGGCAGCAAGCGGACAAGUUUGAGGAGGACAAGCGCGGGCUGCUGCUCGCCAUAGACGCCUUCAGCGAGGGGCUCGUGCUGGUGGACGUGUCGCAGCCGCGGCAGCCGGUGGUGUUUGUGAAUGAGGGGUGGGAGGAGAUCACGGGCUACUCCAUCGAGCACGUCGUCGGGCUGCACUGCGGCUCCAUCCUGCAGGGCCCAGGGUCUAACAUGACCGCUGUUGAGACUAUGAGAAAGGCUGUUGAGACCGGCGGGUCUGCUUCUGUGGAGCUGAUGAAUUACAAGCGGGACGGCACACCGUUUUGGAACUGGCUGCGCAUUCAUCCCGUGCCGCCGGGGUCGUCGUUCCUGCCGACCGAUAAGAACCAGAGGUACUACUUUGGCAUUCUGUCGGACUGCACGGCGCGCAAGGAGAACGAGUGGCAGCUCGAGAGCAUGCGUAUGGCGGAGGUGGAGAGGGAGGCGAGCAUGCGGGCCAAGAGGCAGUUCGUGGCGAACAUAAGCCACGAGAUCCGCACGCCCAUGAACGCCGUGCUGGCGUGCGCCCAGCUGCUGCAGGACGCGCCCAACCUGACCCAGGACCAGGUGGAGCUGGUGCACAUGAUCUCCGGCGCGGGGCAGCAGCUGCUCUCCCUCAUCACCGACAUUCUCGACUUCUCCAAACUGGACGCGGGGAAGAUGGAGAUGCAUGAGAGGGAGGUGAGCCUGUGGGCGUGUCUGGACUUCUGCAUGGAGCUGCUCGUGCUCAAGUCCCAGCGCAAGGGGCUCGACCUCUCCUACAAUGUUGACCCCUCCGUGCCGCAGUGGAUAUGGGCGGACGAGGUGAGGCUGAGGCAGAUCCUCACCAACCUGUUGUCCAACGCGGCCAAGUUCACGGACGAGGGCGGCCAGGUCGAGGUCUCCGUCUCCGCCACUCUGCUCCCCGACCCCGAGCGGGAGGAGGGGGAGCAGCAGCAGCAGGGGGAGGAGGAGGCAUGGCGGGUGCUGCCGUGGUUUGAGAUCCAGUUCUCAGUGCGCGACACGGGCAUCGGCAUGCCGCCUGAGUUCGCCUCCGUCAUCUUCGAGGCAAGCCCCUCUCGCCUGCCCUCCUCUACAACCCCCCCACUUACCCUGCCUUCCCCUCUCCCCUGCCCUUGGUCCUCACUGCCCUGUGGCGUUCACUCAGCGUUCACACAGUGUGACAACUCGCGCACGAGGCGGUACGAGGGCACGGGGCUGGGCAUGGCGAUAGCCAAGGACCUAUCGGAGCGCAUGGGGGGGCGCAUCUGGGUGGACACGGAGCUGGGCAGGGGCUCCACCUUCCACUUCACCAUCCACGCCCACGGCAGCAUGGUCGAAGCCUCCAACAUGCUGCCCUCUCUGCUCGCCAAUCAGGCCUCCGCGUCCCUUACUGCUUCGAGCAGCGGCAGUGCUGGUGCUGGUGGUGGUGGGGAAGGGAAGGGAAGGGAUGGUGCUGCUGCGGCUGCUGUGGCGGCUGCUGCUGCUGCUCCCACCACGCCCACUGGCCGCAGAGGGAAGCUGCUGCUGCCCACCUCCUCCUCCACCCCCUCACCCGCCUCCCCAACCUCUGCUACCACUGCCAUCCCCCCGGUCUCUCUCUCCGCUGCCGUGCCUCCUCGCUCCCCCACAUCGCGCUCGCCCCGACCUUUCCCCCGGGCCAAUACCGUCCCAUCUGCCACCGCCGCUGCUGCUGCUACUGACUCGUCCGCUGCAGCACAGGGCAGCCCGGGUCAGCCUGGUUCACUCGACGCUGAUCCUUCAGCGCCCUCCGCCCUACAGAGAUCCGAGAGCGACAAGCCCUCCCUCACACCCUUCCCUUCCGACGCUGCUCCAACCCCGUCACCCCUACACACGCUCUUCCUCACUCCCCCAAUCACCCCUCUCACGGGCAAGCACGCGCUGCUGGUGGGUGUACCGGCCACGUUCCACCGCAUGUUAGGGUCCAUGCUGGCCGCGUGGGGUGUGUCGUGCACUGCUGUGCGCACCGUGGAUGCUUUCUGGGACCAGUGGACGGGCGAGGAGGGUGGGCUGGGGCGCGCGGCGGGGUGCAGCGAGAAGGAGCAGCAGAAGAGCCUGCUCAAGGUGUACCGGUCGGGCAGUUGGAGCGAUCUGCCGUUGUUUGGGUGGGCGGAUGGGGAGGGCGGUGCGGGGAGUGAGGGGGGGAAGAAGGGCGCGGUGGGAAGAGUGGGAGGGGAGGAGAGGGGGAAGGGGUAUCCCAGGGCCAUGAGUACGCCCAGAGGGGUGUUUUCAGGGAGGGGUGAGGGAGGAGGCUCGUCUGAACAAGCACCAUCUGAGGAGGACGAUGAGGAGGAGGAGGAUGGUGAUGGUGAUGGUGAUGGUGAUGGCGAUGGGGGGAAAGAGAGGGAGGAAGGAGGUGGGCGUGGGAAACAGCAAGUGGAGGGCGGAGGGGAAAGGGAGGGGAACGAGCGGAAGAAGCGGGGCGGGGAGGACCUAUCGUUCCUGGCGCGGGUGCAGGCGCGGCAAGUGCAGCGCUUCGACGUGGUGCUUGUAGACGGACCAGCAGUCACGAGCAACAGCCGAGGGACUGGCGGACAAGGGCGGUACGGAGGGGGAGGAGCGUUGGCAUUGGCGCUGGCGGCGCAGCAUGAGCAGGAGCGCGCGCUGCUGAUGAUGCACCUGGGGUGUGCGUGUGCCAGCACUGCACCCACCUUCCUCUUCCUCUCCAAACACUCCAAGCGCCAACUGCCCUUCGACCCCGCGCUCCUGGUGAGCCUUGCUGGCAUGCAUGUGCGAGUGAACAACAACAGCAUUGCCUCUCCCCUCAUCCUCUCUUCUCCCUCACUCCCCCCUCGCUUCCCCUUCCUCUCGCCCCCCACCCUUAUCGAAUGUUGGCAGCGCAAGGUGGCGGUGCUGUCGCGCCCAGUGCGCGUGAACCAGCUGUACAAGCACCUCAUCCAGUACCUCGCCCCCUCCGCCCUCGCCACCCUCCCUGCUGUCCCCGACUCCCCCCGCUACGACACCCCCGCCUUCUUCGACGUGAGUCUCUAG